GUCACAAAGUGUCAGUUCCCUAAGUAGUAAAGAUAGUAGUAGAGAUACUAAGAUCAAUAAAGCAUUUGUGUUAAAUUUAUACAGUGUUAAGUUACUUAUACAACCAUAAAAAUACUGAUUAUUGUACAGUAGGACACAAGCAGGAUUCUUGCAGCAAACAACAUUGUAUUUUCUUUGGAAGGAGAGGUCUACUAAUAUAAUUGACCUGGAUGUUGUUUAUUUAUUGGUAAUUUCCAGCUCAGAAUAGACAAGAAGAGUGAGUGCAAUCAGUAGGUUUGUUCCCCCCUCAUAACAGGAUGGUAAAAAGAUCAUCGUUUUGGCAUGUCAGGUUUUGCAUGGCCUCUCUAUUAAUAGUACAGAUCCAGUGACUGUGCAGUGAUUAUGUUACACUGUGCUUCCAGGCCUAUGACAUACUCUGGCACACUGCAGCAUUGAGAUCACUCAAAAGCUUUUGAAAUAGUUUAAAAAAAUGAUCAUAUGGUUUAUGUGCCAGUGGAUAUAGAUUAGGAAUGGGGGACGUGAACACCAGAUCUAAAGCUAUUAAAGCUCUGAAGGAAAGAUUUCUACUUGCUCUGAAAUGUAAUGACUAUGAGGAAGUGCAAGCAAUCCUGCAAUCGAAAAAGAUAGAUGUGGACACUGUGUUUGAAGUUCAAGAUGACGAUAUGGUUCUGGCAUCCUAUAAGCAAGGCUACUGGUUGCCUGGAUACAAACUGGAUUCGUCUUUUGCAACAGGGUUGCAUAUAUGUGCAAUGUAUGGUUAUCUGGAAAGUGCCUUGGUACUACUAGAACAUAAUGCCUCCAUCAACAGCAAACCUAAUGGGAAAACACCUUUACAUGUGGCAUGUGAGGUAUCCAGCAGCGACAGCGUUGGUCUGCUUCUUAAUCAUGGAGCGAAAGUCAACAGUUUUUCCUUGAGUGGACACACUCCAUUGCAUUUCUGCACUACAAAAGAAGCAAUAGCUUGUGCUAAACAGCUCAUUUUGAAAGGAGCUAAUCUGGAGGUUCACAGUAACAACAAUGAGGAGGACACACCAUUGCAUACUGCUGCACGGUUUGGGCUGCCAGAGCUGUUGGCUUUCUAUAUUGGCAGUGGCGCAAACGUUGACAGCAUAAACAGUCAUAAGGAGACCCCGUUGAUUACUGCGACCUUUUGGGCGCUGAACCAGAAGGAACAAGUAUACAGCACAGAGCACCAACUCGUCUGCAGGAUGUUGUUGGACUAUAACGCCAAUGUCAACAUGCAGGAGGAAGACAUGAAGACAGCCCUUCACAGGGCUGCCUGGAACUGUGAUCAUAUUCUCAUGCAGAUGCUGCUGGAGGCAGGGGCAGAUGCUAACAUGGUGGACAUUAAUGGGUGUGCUCCUAUCCAGUACACUCUGAAAGUGACCUCAGUGCGUCCAGCCGGCAUGCCUGACAUCUGUUACCAGCUGCUGUUAAACCACGGAGCAGCAAGAAUUUAUCCCCCCCAGUUCCAUAAGGUGCUGCAAUCGUGCCAUUCUUUCCCCAGGGCAAUUGAAGUAAUGAUAAAUUCAUACGACCAUAUAAAAGCCACAAGGAAGUGGAGAACAGCUAUACCAAAAGCAGUUUUCCAGCAACACCAGGAUUUCUAUGAGUCCCUGUUUGCAGCCUGCAGUAAUACUCCACGCACUCUUAUGCACAUAUCAAGGUGUGCAGUUCGGGCAGCCUUGAGGAAUAGAUGCCAUGACAAUGUAGACAAACUGCUGCUUCCACCUUCAUUAAAAAAAUAUUUACUUCUGGAACCUGAAGGAAGAAUCUUUUAGUUUGUGUCUUUUUACUGUUUGGAUUAGAUCACUGUAAUCCUGACUUGGGUGAAUGUACCUCAUCACAAUCAGUGCCAUGUCAGUUCCACUAAUUAUACAAUUAGAGACGUUUGCCAGUUCACAUCCUAACCUGAAGAGAUGAUGACAAGUAAAUUUAAUAAUGCUACUAGUAAGUCAUACAAAAGAAAGGAGGUAGGAAAUCUAGGGCUGUUGUAUUGUCAAGGGGCUGUGGAAAUAAAUAUGGGAAGAUUGGCCAAGUUUGUAAUGGGUGCUACAAUAUUUGUCAUGAUAAAUAGAUCAGUUAUGCUUUUAAUCAUGAAUUGUAAAUGUCAUAUACUGUACAGAUAACACUAAAUGUCAUACAUACUGGAAGUAUUGUACUGUUAUUUUUGUUAUAUUAAAGAUUUAGGUGUUUAUUUUUUUAUUUCAAAGUAAUGGUGUAAGAUUCAAUUACGCCAGUGUGUGAAUCAGAUUAUUUUGUUUGCUUGCUUUUUCCUAUGAUAUAAUAAAAAUAUGUGACCCACCCCCCCUCGCCUCCCGGAUAUUU